AUGGAAACUAUCGCUUUGAGAGCCUUUAUUAUUUGCUAUUUACAGGUAAAAAUCUGGUUCCAAAACAGAAGAACGAAGUGGAAGAAAAAAGACAACGUGUCGAACGCAGAAGUUGCAGAAAUAAAACAACAGAACAAACCUUCAGACGAGAAGAAAGAUGAACCGAAAGAAGAUCCUUUAGCUUUAGAUAUGUCAAAAAAGACUUGUAACAAACUUCUUAGUGAAAAACUGAGAAAUUGUUCGAAAAUUAACCAGGUCCUCCCUAAACCUAGGAAAGUGGAAAAAGGGGUUCUUCUAGAAACAAUAUGUGAUUCAAAUGAUAUCGAAAGUCGUAUUUCUAUAACAAAAAUAACAAAUAAAUUAUCAAGUACUGAUUUGGCGGGCGAUGGCAAGGUUUCUGUCAAGAGUUUUAAUCCUGAGGAAGUUAAAGAUAUGAAAUUUGAUAGUCUGAGUAAUAUUGAGAUGUAA